GGGACGUCACGCGUCAAUCGGAGCAUCAAUUUGUUCCUCCACCAUCACAACAGGCGUGCCCUGCAAUGACACGCAAACAAACAAAUCGAGAUGCAACUGGUGUCAGGGCAGGAUGACCAGGAGAAGGAGAGCAACAGCAGCGAUUACGGAUCCGACUUCACCCCCGACGAGGAAGAGCUGCUGAACAAAUUACUGGUGCGCGUUGUCGCCACAGACCAGCAUCGGCUGCCGCCAUCUACAACGACCAUUUCUGAUCCAUCGACGCCUCCUCAACAACCUGUUUUAGCAGUCGAGGCUUUGAGUGACCUCAAGCCCCUGCGGGAACCGUUGGUGGUUACAGAUAUUGAAGACUAUGAAAUACCCCAUUCCGCGCGUAUCCCCAAGGUCCUGGGUCGGGAGGCAUGGAGUCCUGCGUCUAAGCGUGUCUGGCAGCAGCAACAACAGCAGCAGCAGCGAGUUCUCUCGCAGAAAUUAUCAUCGAGUCCUUCAACGACACCAAAACACGUCCGCGUUUCGAUCAGUGUUGAAAGUACCACUUCCACCGAAGGCAAAAAACGUGAUUUACAGAAGCAGCAAGAGCGCGAAAAGAAGUGGACUGAUACAGAAGCGAAAAACGAUACGCAAACCCAGGAUGCAUCUGAUGACGAUGUGGUGGUGGUGGAACAACCAUCACCUUUGCAGCGGUUUCGCAAACCGCCGAAUAAGGCACUCUCGGUUUCGGACUUGAUUGCCCCGGCUUGGUGCGAGCUACAAUACUGGUAUACCUUAACAAAACAUGGGCGAAAGCGAAGAACGCCGGCGAUGAAGCAAGGUACUGCAGUGCACAAGGUUCUUGAGGAAGAAGUGCAUACUACGGUGCCAGUAGAGAUCACGACCAAAGAGGAUGGGUGGGCGCUGAGAAUUUGGAAUAUGAUUCAAGGACUUCGCACAUUGCGCCAAUACGGUAUGACUAGGGAGUUGGAAAUAUGGGGCUCCGUUGAUGGAGAGAUUGUUACGGGCAUUAUUGACCAGCUCUCUUAUAUCUGUCCGGACCCUGGUUUGGAGACAUCGGCUUCUGCAUUUUAUGCAGACGCUGAUGCCGCGAGGGCGGCUUUGCCGGAAUACCAGAUGUCUAUCACGGACUAUUUGUUAUCGCCGUCUCAGGGUGGGAAGACAUUAGGUGAACUAGGAUGGAGCCAUGCUAUUGAGCCCGCCGUAGAGACGGAUCACAACGAAUCAAGUGAUUUUGAACGGUCAUAUCUUGAGGUCCCGAGAAUUUACAUAACAGAUAUCAAGACACGAGGGAGUCGCUCCAUUCCUACAGUUUUCAGUACCUCGUUUCGCCCAACCCACUUACAGCUGCAGUUUUAUUACCACAUGCUCAACCAAUUGGUAACCACAGAUGAUGUGACGAUUGAAAAGAUAGCCCAACGAUAUAACUUGGAUUCAGAGCGCGUAUUUACCGAUGCAUUCAUCGCCGAAGUUGGCGGUUUGAACGACCAAUUUUUUGACGCUCUGUCUUCUCAAGAUUCAGACCCAGAUUAUAUUCCAGGCGCGAGUCAGGAUUCUAUGAGCAUUUUGCUGUCCCAUAAUAAUUUAGAUAGCCUUUGGAAGUUGAUGAAAAAGCAACUUCUUUACACAUUUCUUCCUACCGAAGGUAUUCGAAACGUCGCCCCAUCAGUACCUGCAAAAUCACAACCGACACUCCUCGAGCCAUACCCCACCGUGCUCUCUCCAGUUCUGACAGCGAAGUAUCUCUCCUCGACGGAUUCAGAAGACGGUGUCCCGACCGACUUGGGCAGUCGUUCUUUUCUUUUUGACCCAUUGGACCUGACAUCUUAUACCUCCGACCAACUGAAUUGGUGGCGUGGCGAACGUGCGCCGCGAGGUGUCGAAGUGAUGGAUGCUUGGAAAUGUCGGAUCUGUGAUUUCCGUGAGGAAUGUGAAUGGAGGAAGAGUAAAGAGCGCGAACUGGCUACGCGGCGAAAGCGAAUGCAACGGACCAGCAUGGAUAUGUCGGACGCUGCAUGAUUUUCAAAGUAUUAUUAGCUGACACGGUAUCCUAGUUGCAGAUCUAUGCAUAAAUAUAGAUAUAUUUAUAGUAAAAGGAUAAGAGAUGAAAAUUAAUUAUGAUGCAGAACAGCAUCCUAGCAGCAUUGACCCCUUCGAAAGUUUGCGUGAACAUAUUGAUUUGAAUAAUGCUUCAUUAAUACAUAGCGAGUGAAUGUGCAAGCCUAGGAAAUGCUUUAAGGAAAAGUAUUAGGGAAAAGCGCUAAGGAAGAAGACUUAGGAAGAAAAC